ACACUAAAAAUACAGCCUUCCCUAGCUUUCAAGUAGGAAUGAUGAGGAUCAACCAUAUGGAAUUGAUGCCGGAGAAAGAUGUUAUCAAGUUUCCGAUAUCGGAGCUGGAAACCCAUAGUCGGAGAAUCAUCAAAACGCUUUACAAAGCCCUAGCAAGUAGGCAGACUGAGAUAGCUGCAAAGCUAUUAGUGACAUCUUCUGACAUUGAAUGGUGGUUCCAUGGACCUCCACAUUGCAAUCACAUGAUGCGCAUGCUUACAGGGGAUCAGUCAAGGCAAAUCGAGUUCAGGUUCAAGCCUCGAAGCAUCAAAGCUAUUGGAGACCGUGUGAUCGUGGAAGGAUGGAAGGGAUUGAACGCGUAUUGGGUGCAUGUGUGGAGUCUGGAGGACGGAAUAGUUACUCAAUUUCGUGAGUACUUCAACACAUGGCUGACGGUGAUUCAUCGCGUGUCGGAGGAUGGAGAUGCGAUUCGGUUGUGGCAGAGCGAACCUCGACAGCGUCUGAAUCGUUCUUUGCCUGAUCUUGUUCUGGCCAUAUGA